UUUUGUUUUUCUGAAUCCGUCAAAUUCAGGAAUUGAUCAAAAUGAGGUUAAAGAAAAUAUACUAGUCAGUAUUGAGGAAAAUUCAUAUUAGCCGAUUAAGCAUAUUUCUAUGAAGUUAAUAAAUUUAUAAAAAUUCAUUUUCUUCAGCCUCCUCUUAAACUCGAGUUUUAGCGCCUUUAAUGGUGUAAAAUUAAAAAUUAUCCUUGGCUUUUUUGAUCGGUUAGAGGCACUAAAAUUUGAGCCAGGUAUUAAAUCUAUGUAAGAUAAAAAAUUUUGAGUGAUUUGAAGACAAAAUUUUGCCUGAAUAGCAAUUAAGUUUGAAAAUUAAAUUUUAAAAAAAUCCAAAAUAUCUAUAUUUUAAAAAAUUUCAGAAAUUUAACAUGAGGAUUUUAUAAAAUUUUAUUUUAGCUAAUUAAAAGGAUGAUUGCAAAUUAAUAAUUUAUUGAAAGUAUAAAUUCAUUUAAAAAAUUAUUUUCCCAUUUAACAUUUUAAGAAAAUUUUAUCAAAAAAUUUUAUUACUGUUGUUACAAUGGCUGCGUAAAAAAUUUAAUUGUAUAGAAAAUUUAAAGUGGUUUUAAAAACUUAAAAAAAUGAUCUACAGGAACUUGCCAAGUGUAGAAAAAAAAAUUUUUUUUUCUUUGUACAUGUGCGCAGGCAUUUUGUCGCCUUAAAAUUUCAAGAAACAAAAAAAUAUAUUUUGAACAUGAUUAUAAAUAAACUCAUAUUGCACUUUCAUAAAUUUUUUCUUAAAUUUCCAAAAAAAACUUGAAAAACAAAAAAUAUUGUUUAUAAGUUUAUACUUAAUGUAGAAAGUGCAUUGAAGAUGUAUAUUACGGUUCAAUGAGUGUGAGUAGAGAAAAAGACAAGGAAAGUAUCUGAAAUUUAAAAAUCCUAAAUAUUCAAUAAACAGUAAGGUGUAAUGGAAACUGUACUUGAAGGAGAUUAAAAUAAUAAAGUAUCGGCUUAACUUUUGUCCUUCAUUCCGGAAGCAAGGUACAAAACACAAAGAAAGAGGAAAGAGAGAGAGAGACGGAGAUAGUUUUCUUCCGUGACGUACUUAAGUAAAUAGCAACUGUAAUUACCUUGAAGCUUAGAUGCUAUUGUUAAUUUUAAAAUAAGUAUAUAUUCUACUGAGGGAUAAGGUGUACUACCUGAUGCAAAUAUAUUUAGCAUCAGUUUUCGUUAAUUUUUCGUCUCCAUUCGGAUUGUAACUUGUGUACCGUUAACGUGAAUUAUAGCUGAGUUAUCGAUGCAUCGAUUAAAUGUUGUUUGGAUAUUUAAAAUAUUAAAAAGAUAAACAUCAUUUUUGUGUUAUUUACAUAAUUUAUUUUAUUUUAUUUAUAAAGAUAAUUAUAAAAUUAUAAUCAUGGUGCUACGGGUGUUAUUACUUGUUUUCUGUGUACUUGAGGUGACAAAAUUUAUGAAUAGUUUUCCAACUCAAUUAAAACUUGAUGGAAAUGUCACUUUUAUUGAAAAUUUUGUUAAUCCAACAGAAAUUGAUGAAAAAAUUUCAAUUAAAGGGUCAAAAAAUGAAUCAGUGGCAUCAGACCUCGAUGGAUCGAAGAAAAUAUUUCACUACAAAGACGGAAAAAAUGACAAUUCUAGUAUGACUCUGCUACCGAAAUGCGAUGAACAGGAAUUUUGCGAAGAAGUGCCCGAUUAUCCGAUUGAGAUUGUUGAAAAAGCACUACGAUCAAAGAAGAGUUUAGAAUUAUUAAAUACUAAAGACAAGCCUCUAGAUCCAAAACCAAAAUUUGGUAAUGAUGAAAGUGAUGGUCUCUGCAAAGGAGUUUCAAAAUACAUAAUUCCACGAGCAGCACGUAAUAAAGAUGGAGAAACAAAAUUUAUUAUUAACACCAAAGAAUAUGUUCAAGGCAUGAAUGUAGAAACAUGCGAAAAUGUUGAUAUUCCAUGCCGAUUAAUUGAUGGCUUUGCUGCGGGUUACAAGACUAUGUGUGUACAGAAAUUUAUGUACAAAAAAUUAGUCUCACUUUCAGAUGUCGGUGAAGCCGAAACAGAUUGGUUCUCAAUGCCUGCAAGUUGCUGCUGUAAAAUUGAAUUUACGGGCAAUGAUAACUCAUAUCGAUCGAAAUUAAAUUAGUUAUUGUACAAUUAUUUUGUAAUUAAUUUUAUUCAACUGUAAUUAUAUGACUAAACUAUUAGAUAAUUAACAAAAUAUUUUUUUUUUUUCAA